GGGUUGCCGCUGCCUGGCGCCCCCGUGCAGCCGGCUGUCAUGCGGAGGCGGCAUGGCCCCAGGCAUCACCUGGCGAGCCUCCCCUCGCAGCGUCCCCCUGCCGCGCCUGCGCCGCUGGCAAAGAAUGCCCAAAGUUUGCCGUGGUGGAACUCUUCGGCUCCCCCUGACCGCGCCGUUCUUAUGGCAACCGAGCGCCGGCGGUAAACAUUCCAGCGCGAGGCUGGGGAGGUCCAGCGGCACGCGCAGCCCAUCUGGCGCUUUCCAGCUAAACGGCCGGCCAGGAGGCACCUGCGCGCAUUCGCCCGGCGGGAGCCGAAGGGAAAAGUUGGCGCGCCCGCCGGAAAGGAAGGAAGGAGGCUCUCGCCCUGCGACGCCAUGGGCUGCUCCAGCAGCGCUCAGACCCAAGUCAAGGACGGCAGCCGGCCGAGCCCCCUGGCCCCCGACACCAACGGGCUGCAGAAAUGCGCUACAUCAGAUGACAAUUUACCCAUCACUGAUGAAAAUGAAACCAUACCUGACCAGACCAAACUUGGAGGAAUGGAUGAAAUGGAUCUUGCAUCUGAUGGAACAAAAUUAAGUGAGAAUCUUACUCAAGAAAAGACAGAUGCUUUGCUUCCAGAAAUAACAAAAUGUGCUCUUUCUGCCUGUCAAAGAGUAGACCCAGAAGGUACAGAGCCUCAGCCAGUGGCAUCAGAAGAGAAGUUCACCAGAAGCGAACCCUUGGCUACGGGCCUUGUAGAAGUGAGGGAGCCUCAACCUGUGGAAGUAACAGAGAAUGAUGAACCUCAUCCUGCCACAGAAUCUGCCAACCUUCAGCUUCCAGAAAUCUCACAGGAUGCUAAACCUGAGCUUGUCAAACCAAUGGAGGAGAGAACACCUGAGCCUUUGGUGAUGACAGAGGAAGCCCUUAACCUUGUAGCAGAAAUGGUGAAGGAAUUACUGAUAGACGAAGAGGAACAGCUAACUGAGGGUGAGAUGGUAGAAAAGGUGGAAACUGAGAUGCACUCUGAGAUAGUAAGUGAGGGCUCUGAAACAAAAGAAGAAGAAACAGGAGAAGCUACAGCAGCAACAGAGAUAGAAGCUACUAAUAACGAAGAGUGAAUCAUGGUUUCUGCAUGGACUUCAUCUUUGUCUAGGUACUCCAAUAACUAUUAAUCCAAUUUGAGAAAAUAUGGAUUUUUGAAAAGCUGUUAUGGACUUACCAUGACAACUCAAGCAAUAGGGAGAAAGGAUUUUAUUUUGGGAAGUCAAGUUGCCAAGACACCAUUGAGGAAUUGCAAUGUUAAACCUUCACAGGUCUGCUGCAUAGUGCCUUCUGUAAACUUCAUUUGAGUAGAAUUGUAUGUUGCAAUGCAAUAGCUUAACUAAAAUAGUUACAGAAGUUACAGAAGAGGGUGCAUGAAUUUUGAAAUCAUAUGAAUGUCCCCAGCCCCAGUGUUCUAAACUGGGAUAAAAUUACUUAGAUUCUGAUAUGAUCUUACAGUCACAAAUUAUUUAAUGUAGUAGAACAAUUCCUGUGUGAAGCUUCACUUAUUCAUACAUGUUUACCAUAGCUAAGCUUAAUAUUGUUCUCUAAUUUGUGUAGAUACACAAAUUUUGAACCUAGGAAAUAGCCACCUUCAACAGUUAUGAUCAGCAACAUUUCUGUACUUUAAAAAAACACAUUGAUUUAUCUACCACUGCAAUUAAGCAUGCUUGGUCACUAUUAUAGUACGGUGAUAACACUUUUAAAAAAGUAAUAUAUUUUGAAAAAAUAAUAGCACCUAUAAUUUAAGAUUCUAAUUGAAUUAAGGCUGAAUAUUGCACUUUACAGCAUAUAGUAUUUAGUUUUUACAGAAGUAAAAGUUGCAGCCAAAUAAAGUUCAGCUGCUCUUUGUGUGCAAUAAGUACCGGUAUGCCUUCCAGGAACACUUUCUAGCCUCUACACAUAUUUGUGGAUUCUAUUUGCUCAACUAUUAGAAAACUAUGGUACAGUACAAAAAGCAGAUAAUUCAGUCAGGUUCCUUAUGUUUAAGUCCUGAAGUACAUACUGUAUAUGACAGUCAGUUUUACAUUUUUUUUGUAAAAAAAAGAGGACUGUUGACCAUGAGACUUUGUUGGUUGUUGGCUUGAAGAGAGCAGCCUGAGCAAAGGUGGGUUUUGGGUCUGGCACAGGUACCCUUUAAUUCUUUUAUGCCAGGGCAGUGAUGUAUUAUAUAGGACAUCUGUUGGACAUGCAUUGAUCAACAAUCAUAUGUUAAUAUGGCUUGGGUUUGUGCCUUUUGAAGUAGUGUACUGCAAACAGUAUUCAUUUUGCAAGCUGACACCCUGAUCUUAAACACUGAAAUAAAAUGCUGCGAUUAAUGAAA